GCAACGAACGCACGAGCAAUUGCACGUGUUUCUUCUCCACGCAAAAUCUCGAUUUAACGAAUACUACGCUUAUAAAAAUCUUGCAACUACUCGACAUCUGAACAUCAAUUGCGACGUCAGACUUUGCGCAUUCAGCAAAAAUAACAUCAGCAUUUUCUGAGAACGAAGAGACAACAUGUCGCGCAUAAACCAACCUUCGAAUCAAAUAAAGCUCACGAACGUAUCACUCGUCCGCCUAAAAAAAGGAAAGAAGCGCUUCGAAAUCGCCUGCUACAAGAACAAAGUGUUAGAAUGGCGAUCCGGCAUCGAGACCGACCUCGACGAGGUCCUACAGAUCCCCAACGUCUUCCUGAACGUAUCGAAGGGGCAGACCGCCCCAGCCGCAGAUCUUACCAAAGCCUUCGGAAAGGACAAACCCCUAAACGAUAUCAUCCUCGAGAUUUUAAAUAAGGGCGAGCUGCAAGUGGGAGAGAAAGAGCGCUCGGCGCAGCUGGACAGAGUACACAACGAAGUCAUCAGUAUAGUCGCGAGCAAACUGGUCGAUCCGCGCACGAAGAGAGUCUAUACGACCGGCAUGAUCGAGAAGGCGCUCGAUAUGUUGAGUUCUCAGGCGCAUCAUCAGCAAAGCGACAAGAAAACCCCGGAAGCAGGCAGCGGCGCGGGAACGCCGGCUACAGGCGACGACGCGGAAGCGAAGCCGAGGACGAAAGAGCAUAACUGGACGGGCGUGGUCACGACGAAGAGCGCAAAGAGCCAGGCCCUCGAGGCCAUGAAGGCUUUAAUCGCGCACCAGCCGAUCCCAGUUACCAGAGCACGGAUGCGGCUCAGAAUCACAUGCUCGACCAACGUUUUGAAGCAGGCGGUGAAGGCGCCCAAGACGGCCGAUGCGGAAGGAGAGCAGAAGGCUCCCGGGACGGUGAAGGACAAGAUCUUGAGUUACGUUGAGCAGGUCGAAACACAAGAUGUCAUGGGAUCGGAGUGGGAGGUUGUCGGGUUUGUGGAGCCAGGUGCUUUCAAGGGUCUAUCCGAUUUCGUGGGGAAUGAAACCAAGGGUCAAGGGCGAGUGGAGGUGCUGGAUAUGGCAGUCACACAUGAGGAUUAGAGUCCUAUUUUUAACACUCAUGAUUUAUGAAGUUGACGAACUUGCGAGAUGUCUUGGUGGCAUGGCAUAAGAAUAGGCUUGGUUGGUAACGGUAUAGAGAAAAAAUUACGAUACUCGAGGGGCGUUGAUACCAUGUCGACUUGUUCCCUGACAUAUACACGUGAUAGUGAUAGUUUCACACAUUAAAGAAUUAUAGAGUGUUGGUCACAAUGAUGUCUCUUUAUUCUCUAGAGUACACCUAUGACUUGCCGAAACCGAUGAGCAAAGUCCCCAAUUCGCAAAGU